UUUGCAGUUGCUAUCACCUAAUAAUUAUUCGACUAAUUUUGUUUAACACACAACCAGAUGAAAAUGAGAGGGUAUCCUUCCAAAGAGCUUCCACAGGACUUCUGGAUCCCCAUUGCCCUGGACACCAAAAACAUCACAGCUCUCAGCCCGUACCUGGUCCCUCAGGACCAUUUAGGAAGCCCAGGUCUCUUUUAUUCAUUGUCAGCAUUUAUGUUGUUCUUGUCUGUGGCCGGUACAGCCAUCAACGUUCUCACUAUUGUCUGUACUCUUCAAUACAAGAAGCUCUGCUCUCAUCUGAACUACAUCCUGGUGAACUUGGCCGUAGCGAACCUGAUCGUCUCCUCUAUGGGAUCCUCCACCUGCUUCAUCUGCUUUGCCUUCAGAUACAUGAUUCUGGGUCCAGUGGGGUGCAAGAUUGAAGGAUUUACAGCAAGUCUUGGUGGCAUGGUUAGCUUGUGGUCGCUCGCUGUGAUAGCCGUUGAGAGAUGGCUGGUUGUCUGCAAGCCACUUGGAAACUUCUCCUUCCAGCCCAACCACGCUAUAGGCCUCUGUGCAUUGACCUGGGUCUUUGCUUUGUGUGCAGCAGUUCCUCCUCUGGUUGGAUGGAGUAGGUACAUCCCAGAGGGCAUGCAAUGUGCCUGUGGUCCAGACUGGUACACAACAAACAACCAGUUUAACAAUGAGUCCUAUGUGUUGUUCCUCUUUUGCUUCUGCUUUGCUGUCCCUUUCUCGACCAUUGUCUUCUGCUACUCACAGCUGCUUUUUGCGGUGAAAGCGGUAGCAAAGGCCCAGGCUGAGUCUGUCAGCACCCAGAAGGCUGAGCGGGAGGUGACCAAGAUGGUGAUCGUCAUGGUGCUGGGCUUCCUGGUUUGCUACAUGCCUUACGCCUCCUUUGCUAUUUGGGUUAUGAACAAUCGUGGGCAAGAGUUUGACCUACGACUGGCCACCAUCCCCUCCGCCCUCUCUAAAGCCUCCACAGUCUACAACCCUGUUAUCUACGUGCUCUUAAAUAAACAGUUCCGCUCAUGUAUGAAGCAGAUGCUGGGGAUGAGUGGCGGCGAUGAGGAAUCAACAAGUCAAUCAACCACUGAAGUCUCUAAAGUUGAACCUGCUUAGGCUGUUCACACUUAACUUUGAAGGAUUACGAAUCGAGAAUAUACAAAUCGCAUGGCAAAUGGCUCUGGAUUCUUUUUACAAAUAGAGAUUUUUAUGCAAUGAAAAAUGUUUAAAAAAAUAAGUAGUUCCAAUAAUUAAGUGAUUAUUUGUGUCUUUAAAAGGCUACUGCCUAUGAUGAUGAAAGUGAAACGGGUGCAUGUUCUUUUAGUAUUGUAUUGUAUCCUAAAUUGCUGCUUUUCUUGUCAAAGAAAUAAAGAUUAAGGUCACCUAACCCAUUGUCUUCAACCUUUCUAAGGAAAUACUUGUCGCAUCUCUGUAUGAGUUUGACAAGUUGUACUGUAGUUAUUUUGUGAAGGCACAUGCCUGUAUAUGUGUAUAUGUAUAUACAACCUGCCGUUUUCUAGAAGAUUAAUAAACAGCCAA